UUUGGUUCCGGAAGAAGGGUUGCAGUGAGGUGGGGAAGAGAAAUCAGCAGUUAGCCCGCUGCUAGCCGCCGCCUGUAGCCGAGGCUGUUAUGAGCGAAGUGUCCAGAAUCAGAAGAUUAUUUUACUUUCAAUAGGCGAAACGAUGACCCUCUGACAUCAAGAAUGGACAUAAGUUAACAAUGACGGGGGAGAAAAAGAAGAAAAAGCGGCUGAACCGCAGCAUUCUUCUGGCAAAGAAAAUUAUAAUAAAAGAUGGAGGAAGUGUGAGUUAAAUAUUUAUUUAUCUUCUUGUAGUUAGCAUGUAUCCGGGUAAAAGUGUCUCGGAGUUUUGAUGGUAUUUGUCUGUAUUUGGUUAAAACGAAGCAGUUAAAUGGCUCGGUGUGUGUUUUAGAUGGUUGACCGUUAGCUGGAUCCGCCUCGAUAACUGGAUCCAGUGUAAGCUAAGCUAAUGUUAGCGGCCUACGCUGCUCGUUUACACGUCAGCUCAGGUAACCUUAGCGGCUAGUGUCAUCUUUUGUAAUGUUUUUUUUCCUUUAAUACUUAUUAUACUCUCGGAAAAUCUUCAUCUUCAGUAUGAAAUCCUCUUUUUUUAUAUUCAUAGCGUUUCAAUUCAUAUAGAAAUUCGCAUUUGGAUGGUCAAAAUGAGGCUAGGUUAACAUUAGCUCACCAGCAUAUGGGUUUAAUUGGGGUUAUUUUAGCUCUCUUACGAUAAACAGUCAACUUACUUCGGUUUAAGCUACUCUCGUGUGACCUAGAUGAUCGUUUUAGGGACAAUACACGGUAACCUGUCUGCUCACGUAACACAUCCUCUCUCGGUAACGUGGUUUUUGUAACUGGGCGAAGACAAAAACAUGAAAACAGAGACUGUUUUAACGCGAGCAAACACAACACCGAGUCAACGUUUCACUGCGAACUUUGCCACUUAUUUUACAACAGAAUGAAGUGCUAUUUUACUCUUACACAUAUGUUUUUGCUCCAAUUUUUUCUCAUUAGUCUGCGCCUAUAGAUGCCCUUGACUGGGUGCUGAAAUCUUUCCAGAUACAGAUAUAAAAAUCCAACAACAACAGCAUAGAUUUGAGCAUUUUUGAACCCCUAAAGAUGUGUGAAGCUGUCAUGGUUCCUAAUUGGCUGUUUUGCAAAUAGCGAGUUUGCUAGGACUGUUAAAAAUACAGUGAGGCACCGGUGCUGGUUAUGUAAUCCAUUGGGCAGCUAUGCCAAGCAUGCUGGAUAUCCACAAGAAGACAACACACACUUUUAGUGAUAAUGAAGAUGGAUGGAAAUUGUUGUUUAUCUUGAGUAGUGAAUUUUUUCUGUAAAUAUAUUUAAUGUUGAUAGGUUGCUGCUCCUUGUCCAUUAGGUUCUCAUUUCAGAUAAUUGUCUUGCUAUUGUGGUGAGGUCUGACCACUUAGUCAUUACCGUUUCCUUCCCAGCAUCUGAAACGCUCGGGCGCGCUCUUGUUAAUAGUGAAAUAUGAAAUACAAACAUAUGAGAAGGUCAUUGAUUUGAUGGAGAGGAAGUUGCAACAUCCACAUAAUGAGACUGUUGGAAGAGAGUUCCUCUUUUUCUCUGUAAAGCAGGUGGCGUGAUCUUGGACAGAAGAAGGGAGGGGGAUUUCACAGAUUUGGCUUUCACACUCAAACUUAAAAACCGCCCUUCUGUGAUGUGACGUUUUACCUUCUCAAACCGCAUUUGAUGGUGUAAUGAGAAACCACAUUUGGAUGGUAAACGUAGCAUUUGGUGCCUUCGAUAAGGUGGCCCUGACCUAGUUUACAUUCCACAAAAGUGUCACACCUUGCUGUGGUACCUUCAGUACACUCACUGAAAUACAUUUUCUCUUCACCUUACAGCCCAAUUUUGACUGUGCUUCACUGAUAGGAGAUCUAAUAUAGAGUUAUCUGUAUUUUACUCAAAGCUUUGGACUUAGGGUGACUCAGUAAAUCAUAAGACAAAAUUUGUGGUUAUAUUACCUGUUUAAUUAAGAUAAAGACGCAAAAAGGUUACCCAAUGAAUCUUCCUGUUGUGUGUCAGAGUCUGUGUGUUUAUUUUCCAUCAACAAAACUGAUUAACAGUGAGGGGAGUACAAGGUAACUUGUGCUUUAUAUGAUGUAAACUCUUUAAAGGUGGAGUAGGCAGGAUCUGAGUAAGUGCCAGUUUUGGGGAGAAAUCUUGAAUGUAAACUCUACCCCUCCCAACCAGUUUACCCCUCAGCUCCUCCUCUCCCCUUCGUCUCUGCUCCAGCAAGCCCCGCCCACAAACAAACGCUCCUGCUCGCUCAUAUCGUUUCAAUUAAAUUCAGAUAUAAUGCAGAUAAAUACUUCAGAUAAUUACAAAUGGGGCCCAGUCAACGUGAAAGUAAAAAGCAUUGGUGCUACUGUAGAUGCCAACAGACUACCAGCAAACACAAUAAUGCAGGACUUCUACAACUAGGAUAAAGUGACAUAGUCCAGGACCCGAGGUCAACAGUUUAGCGGCGCUACAACACGCAGCAGGUCCCAUUUGACAAGAAACACUUCUGUUGCACUUGACUUACUUUGUUGAAGCGGUUUACCUGUCCAGCAGAAAGGUUACAGGGUCUGUAAGAUCCCGAAGCAUCCCCCAUCAUUGUUGACCCGGCUUCUUAGCUCUUGUCCGGGUGGUCUACCUCCUUUUUUAGCACCCGUUGUUCCGCAGGAGUCUCCGGUAUUUACUUCGUUUUCUUGCUGGUGUUGGUGGUCGUGGCUAAAGGAGGAUUCAGACAUUUUUCCGUACUUUCUGGUUGGUUUAUACUGUCGGAUAUUGUAGCAUACUGACUUUGUUUGGGCUUGUGAACGACACAGGGGAGCAGCGUCUGCCUCACAACCAAUCAGGUUGGGGGAGGCGGGGUACGGCUUUGUUUACAGUCAGAAAGAGCGGGCCACUCAAAAAUUUUAAAUGUUGACUACACAGACAUAACGAAACACAGCGAUACUGUUAUAUUACCAAAUGUCAUCAAUAACUAACAGCUAUUGACUGAUAUUACAAGAUUCUUUAACGGAUUCCUGCCUACCCCACCUUUAACCUUGUUGUGUUCCUUCCUUAAUUUUGUAGCUCGAGUAAAUGUGUCAGGAUUAAUAGAGCCACAGUCUUUGCUUACUUUGAAAUUACUCUUGGCAUGUAGGCCUCUUGGUCGUAUUUCGUUUUGUGGCUACUGUGAAGUAACACAAGGCUUAUACAGGAUAAGCUGUGUAUUACUUAAAAGGAUACAAAGCAAUGAGAUUGGGUUGUAGUGGCUAGACACAACCAUUGUAUCACCGACUCUUUUGUCAUAUCCUGUGAAAAGCUUCGCUAUUUACACAUCUGUGUAAAAAAAAAAAAGAGUCCUUUUUUCAUUCAGUAUCUGUGUUCUCAAGGAUACUGCUUUUGACUACUCGUCAUCUUGUUAAAUCACCUUUAGAGGGUUACUCAGAGUAAUAUCAAUUCUUGUUCAAAGAUUAAUCAAAUUAAUCGUGUACAUGUAAAUAUACUGAUUGUUCUGUGUUUAAGUAUGUCUUGUGAUUGUGACCUGAGAGCAGAUUUCCAUAUUUAUGCGUUGGUUUGUAAUGUUAUGUUAUGUUAUAGUGCACUUUGAUUGUUGGCUAGCUCACACAGGUUUUAUUGUUCCACUUUCAGCCUGUAUCGGCUCAAAGUUUUUCCCAGUUGUGUAAUUUCUGUAACUCCACUGCUAACAGGAUCAGGUGAUGCAGAGUCUUUGUGUCAUUAAGCAAAUGCUGCCUUGAAAUAGAGUCCAGUUUCAGGUUCGAUCUGUUAAUGUGUUACCAUUAAGAGGCACUUGGAUGCAUGUAAAAGUCUCUGCAUCUCCUCAGCUAAUCUCCCCUCUAUAUAUGUGUGUUUGUUUGUCUGUCUCCAUCCAGCCUCAGGGAAUCGGUGAGCCCAGUGUUUACCAUGCUGUGGUGGUCAUCUUCCUGGAGUUCUUUGCAUGGGGUCUCCUUACCACCCCGAUGCUCACGGUAAGCCCUGCAACACACACUGUUAUGUAAACUGACAUAACGGUUUGUAAUAUAUUCAUACGCCUACACCUCUGUUCACUGGAAACCAAGCCAAUGAGUGUCAUUUUCCAUUGACUGGAACCACACACAAGACCCUUCAGUGUCUAUGACUGAUUUAAUUCCUGAUCGAAUGAGCAGAACCUUGUGCGGCACAGUCUUUGGCAGAUGUUUUGCUAAGUGCUAAUGGACUGAGAAAUAUGAAAAGAGCAUCAAACAGUUGUAUUGUUGGAGCAGCGGGUCUUUGUUGAGCAGGCUUAUGAGGGGGUCACCGGUUUGUGUUGUCAGACCACGGCACAGAUGCCUGCCAAGCAAAUACGAUUCACAUUGGUGCGCAGCAGCAAAGUUGGGUGUCAAAAUUCAGCCACAGGCAACUCCAACAUUAUCUGAAGCGUUUUUAUUUUAAAAUGUUGGCAUCAGACAGUCGUUUGUCAAUACUGAAAAUAAAAACAACCGUUUCCCAGAAAAUAGUUUUUUCAGAAAAGCGCUGAGAUGAGUCAUUAAACUGAAAUGCUGUAUGUCAUAACAGCAGGAACUGUAGCUUAAUGGUUUUCCUCUUUCUAACUGUAGCUUUUAAGUCUUCAGCCAAGAUCCAAAUAAAUUGCAUUCCUCUUAAACUACACAUAUUUUCCUACCAGCGUGAAUAUCUUUGAGGAGACACUGCUAUCUAAAACAAAUGAUGAGCAAACAUCUGUGAGCCACAUGAUGUAAACCAGGCAGGCUGGAGCGAUGCGUGCUUCUCCGCUGUGUCUUGUUUGAAGAGGUGGUUGUGUGUGAGACUGUUAAGCGUUAAUUACUGGGGGUGUGCUGUCGCCGAGAUCUCAGGGCGGAGGCAGGAUUUGCAUUUUGGACUAAUCAGAGGGCGCCUGAAGAUGAGGAGGACUGCUUCACUGCUCCCAAUGAGAGCUCUGCUUCAUUAGUAUCCAGCAGCAACAGUCCUCGCUGAGCAUUCACAGUCUGUGUGUGUGUGGGGUAACCAACUCCCCCGAGGAGGAGAGGGGAUUCUUCUCAGCCAUGCCACGAACUAAACAACACCAUUCAACAAUAACCAGAUCCUCUGGUUGAAUGUCUGUCAGGCUCCACAUGCCCUCAACGGAACAAUGCUUCAUGCCGCUGCUUCAUGUCAAUGACACUUGCACUCUGUAUGUGCUGCAUACAGACUAUCUGGACUUUGAACUGAACAUCUCAUUGAUCUGAACAUUGUGAACACCCCUUUCACCUAUUUGGAGCAAAGAUAAAGCAUUUGAAAGUCUAGGGUAUGGAUGUGGACGUUUUUUAAUACUUUCCUGUGUUCUGACAACGCUGAUAAAAUAAGCAAGCAGAAAAAUCUCAUUUUUUUCUCGGGUUUAGGUUUUAAAAUCUUUUUGUACAGACAAAAAUAAGUAAGAUGAACUGCAGACUUUCCUUUAUCUGUGCAAAUCAAUAUCUGACUUUCAAAUAACAAAUUAAAAAACACAACAGACUAUAUUUCAAAUUUAAGAAAUGCUCUUGGUCACUCAGCUUGUAUAGUUUUAUAGACCAAACCCUGGUGUAUAUGUCUACAUCUUGGUGGCGAUCACUGUCAUGAGUGAGUUCUGCAAUACUGCGCCGUGUUUUAAUGCUAGUUGCAUCACCAGUCCCUGGUCCUGUUUGUUUGUGCACAGGAAACCAUGGCAACUGAAUCCCAAGGGUAUUACCUUUUGGUAGUGGCAGGAACAAAUGUUGAUUGCAGUUGGUUAUACUGCAAAAAUCACAAAGAGGAAAAGAUUGGAGACGUCAAAAGAGAUUGAAUGUACUGCCAGUGAAUCAAUGAAAGGCUGUAGAUGUAGGACAUCUGCUCCUACCCUGUGAACCAAUCACAGGGCUUGUGGUCGGCUUUUUUUGGGGAUGGGCGGAUACAUUUUUGUGGUGGUGCGCAUCAGGCCACAGCGUAUGCUACAGAGUGAAUUCAAUGCAGAAGUGUAAACCACGCUUUUGUCCUUCCUCUCGCAGCUCAGGCUCAAUUCAAACUUGGACUCUGUCCUACAUCUAACAGAAACAUUUUUUCUUUCACUCAAUACCAAACGAUUCUAAGACAAGUGCAAAAACUCAGUCUCUCAUUCAGUCCAGAGCAACAAAUCCACCUGUAAACAAACAGCAUAUCCACAAGAAUCAAAACUGAAGAUUGGAAAAUAUUUGGGUUACUACUUGAAUAAGUAAACAAAGUGUAAACAAAACCUCACUGACUUCACAGUCAUUGCCCCCUUACGAAUCUCUCUUGUUUUGGGAAAACCUAGUCGUCUCCUUCUAGCUAACACCAAAACACAUCCAGGAGGUGGAUCUACUCCUGUGAAAGGACUGUAAACAGGCUUUCAAAUCCAGACUCGGAGUUGACUGCAAGUUGCCACCAAAAAAGGUUGUCUGCCGCUUUUACGACCCGAGCGCAUUUGUAAAUUGAACAGGGUUUUGGGCUCACAUGGGGAAUGAUAGUCAGGUUUAUCAGGAAGAGUCAUGCUGGCAUUUAGCUCAGCUUGAGGAAGCUCUUGUGUAUGAAUGCCUGAAUGUCCGUGUAACUGUUUAUAUUAGUUACACAUUGAAAUGAAGCAGUUUAAUGAUUCUCUGAAGGACUGAGCUAAAAAGAAGUUCUCACAGUGAGCGGUGACACAAUGUUUUACAUUUAUGACUAUCUUUUUAAUGACUUAUUUUAGUCAUGGAUGAAGAACAUUUUAACUGUGUGUGUUGUGCUGUGUGAGGGGUGAAAUUAUACUCAUAUCAGCACAAGAAGGCAAUUAAACACGAAAGGCAAAAACUCUCAAAAUAAAAAUAAAUAUUCAGCAAACCAAACGUUGAUUAACGUGGACGCUCUUCAAUCUUUCUGUCUCCAGCUGGUCUCCAGUGGGUUGGGCGAAUCCAAAAUGGUGAGAACAAGGGGGAUGUUCUAAAACAGGCUGUUACCUGUGAAACAUGGACAUUAUAUACGUAGACGCCUCAUUAUCGCUGGAGCGUAAUCCAGCGGAUGGGUCUCUCCACUCCAGGCUCGCUCAAGGGGGUCAAAGUAGAACGAGCAACUAUGCCUGUAUUUUUGCACUCUAUGGUUGAAAAACCCAACGCAGUAUUGAAACCAGACCCCGUAGGAUUACAUAUUACAAAUAGGAUAGAAAAAUAAUUGGUUUAUUUUUAAUGAGUGACAUUGUCCUGCAAUAUUGCUACAUCCCUGCCGUCGUAAAAAACCAAACAGUGUGAAAAUCGGGCAGAGAUUCAGAGAGAUUAUUCAUAUGGUUGGGCAUUCCUACCUACCUUAAUGCACUGGAGGCACAUGGGGACCCAUCCAAGAUGGCGGCCGCGCUCAUACGUGAGCUCCAAUAGGCAGCGUCAGGCUUUGAGGCAUCUACGUAUAGUGUGUCUAAGAAAUUAACCAUAGACUGUAAAUAGACGCGGAAAAAAUCGAGUCGACCAAUCAUAAUUUUGAUUGACCCUGCACGUAACAACCAGUUAGUUGACCAGUCCACUAGGACUUUACAGCCCUACAAGGUAAAGAAACUGACAAGUUGCCAAUGACUGUAAAAGCUGCUUCGGUUUACUCCUCACUAUCACACACUGUUAAAGCAUUUAAGCAACAUAAACACCUUCAGUUUUCACUUCUGGAUACUGAUUUUGCACGAUGGUUUCAUGGUCCCUGUGCUGGAGGACUGGGUUCUCUUGUGCAGCCUUCUGUUGCACCAUUACUGUGUGCUUGCAUGAUGUGCACAAAGUGAACUGAGCCUUCAUACGGCUGACAGUUAUCCUUGCCUGCAGAUAUGUUGGCUAGACCGCGCUGACGAACAUCAUUAAAGCUCAUAAUGUAAAUACUUCUGCUCAAGCUAAUAACCGUCUGUCAGCAAAGAAAGCUCAAAUGAUUUUGACCCUGCAGGCCGACAUUGUUGAGGUUGUUCAUUUCAAUACUUACACAUUUAGCUCUUAUUGUAGGGUUCAUAUUUGCCUGACAGCAACACACUUAAUGAGCUUAUUUUAACGGCAGCAUACUGUAGGUCAUUGUAUGAGAUGUGAUGUUUUUAAAUCAAGUUUCAUCCUGUGUUUGUUUGCUCUUCAGGUAUUACACCAGACAUUCCCCCAACACACAUUCCUGAUGAAUGGGCUUAUCCAUGGUGUUAAGGUAAGACAACACGCACACACACGAUAUAAAGAGGCUACACAUGUUAUCUAUAACAGGGACAAUACAACAGUCACACAUGCAAAGUAGCAAACAAAGGUGCCUCGUGUUGGUAACAAAGUUAUUCAAGUCUUUUAUAAGCACUACGUUCAUAGUUUUGUUUUGACCGUAUGGCUUUUAUGUUUUUUUGUGGAUUGAACUGCAGUUUCUUUUUCUUGAUUUUUAGUUUAGUCCCCCCCGUCUCAUGAAGCCUCACAUUGUUUGAGCUCCUAAUGUUCAUCUUCAGCCCCGCAUGUUUGUCUUGCUUUUACUUGUUAGUGAGUCUCUGCUCGAGGCUUAUUCACUGACUUGUUAACACCUGCAAGCUGUCCUGUAAACAGUGUCCUGGCUGUCUGUCCAGCCGCAGAAUUGCUGGUUGAGUCACCUUAAUGUUAAAGUGUCUCAAGCGCACAGUGACGGUGACUUUUGAAUCAGAGUGGAGUGUGUUGAACUGUGCUUUAACAGCUCUGAGAAGUUUUCUUAUCAUUUGUGUUGUAGAGAAAGAUGUCUGACAUCCUUGUCUCCCCAUGAUCUCACACCAGCAGGCCCUGAGUUCUCCUUUUUUUUAGUUUCCAGACUGUCUUUAUUUAAAGUUGGGAAAAAUUAGCUUUUCCAGUUCGACAGCUGUAAAGAUUUAGCUGUAAAGAUUCUUUGAGACUUUAAUCUGCCAGCAGCAGAGCAGAGUUUGACGUCCUUCUCUCUGUGCUUUGAGUUCACACUGUCUAUAGAUUUGUAAGUGGUAACUCAGUCGAGGUCUCAUUUCACUGUACUCUCCUGAUCGAACCAUCACCAUUCUUGUCCCAAACCCUCAUCAGUCUCUUUCUCCAUCCUUUCCAGGGCCUAUUAUCAUUUCUGAGCGCUCCGCUGAUCGGAGCGCUGUCAGAUGUUUGGGGACGCAAGUCCUUCUUGCUGCUAACGGUCUUCUUCACGUGUGCGCCCAUCCCACUGAUGAAGAUCAGCCCAUGGUGAGUGGGGAAACACAGGCUGCAAACUUUUAGUCUCUUUGUUUUCUUGUUUUGUUUUGUUUUUUUUAAAGAAUCUUUUUACAGGUGAAGGUGAAGCUUCCUCACACUAAAACUCUAAAUGUGAAAACAGAGAAGCUUGAGCCUUUUUCGUUUGUCUCUCGUUCUCCUUUCAGGUGGUACUUUGCAGUCAUUUCCAUGUCCGGUGUUUUCGCCGUCACUUUUUCUGUGAUCUUUGCGUAUGUGGCAGAUAUCACUCAGGAGCAUGAGAGGAGCACAGCAUACGGUUUGGUAAGCAGCGAGUUGACCAAAAGUCAGUCCUGUUAGAGUGAUGUGUCUUUAAACACCUCCAGAAGGAUUAUGUAAUAAAAGACUGUGUCUAUGAAUCACCUUUUAAACAGUUCGAUGAGAUAACUUUAUGAAUGGACCGAUCACCCACUUCCUGUCUUUAUUUUCUCCUCCAGGUAUCAGCCACCUUUGCAGCCAGCCUGGUCACCAGCCCGGCCAUCGGAGCGUACCUCUCUGUGGCCUACGGUGACACCUUGGUGGUGAUCCUGGCCACAGCCAUCGCCUUGCUGGACAUCUGCUUCAUCCUGGUGGCCGUACCCGAGUCACUGCCAGAGAAGAUGAGGCCGGCAUCGUGGGGAGCACCCAUCUCCUGGGAGCAGGCAGACCCCUUCGCUGUGAGUAUAACCAGAAUCUCUUAUUUUCAAUAAUAGCUGACCAAAUGUCUGUUGAUGCAGAGGGUCACUUAGUUGCAGAAGUGGAAAUAAAAACCUUAAAUGUUAUUCCAAAGCUGCUUCUUGUCAUCGCAUCUGUCAGAUCUGUCUCUGCUGUUUCCAGCCGGGUCUCCAGAUAGUCCUGCAAGUAUUUUAUGGGAGUGAGUCUCUCCUGUUUGUGAGUUUAGUACAAGGAUGUUCCGCAGACACAGUGAGGCACAUGCUUUCCUCGGGUUGCUAGGAAGCAGAAGAAAACAGUUUUGAAUCAAAUAGUGGUCCUUCAACUGUUUCCUCUUGGACUGAAAAAUGACAGCAAUGAAUUUAUCGGUUGUUAAAAUAAAUUUUGGGCCUCCCUUCAUGUUCUUCCAACACAUCCUGGAGUCUGACUGCAUCUGCCGUUAUCGUUGUUUUUACAGACAGUUUGCUUCUUGUGUGUGCUUUUUGAAAUCUGUUUAUUUAAAGACUUGUUGUUGCAAUUUCUAAUAGUUUUAAAAUGAUUAUUGUGAUAAUGUUGUUAUUGUAAACAGACUUCAUUAGCCAUGGAACUCGGACCGGUUUCUGCCGCUUCAGAAAUGCAUGUUUAGAUAAAGAUGUUCUGUAUGUUUGAGGCAGCAGCCUCUCACACGAAAGGCUGACCUGUUGAUAGGCAGUGUUGGGUGCGGUCACUCACACACACUUCAACAGGUGACCACACCUGUCUGUGGUGUCAUGGCAUCAUGUGCUCUUGUCCAAUCAGUAGCAAAACAAAAGUAAUGCGUUGAUAUGUGUAUAGAGUUUAUCAUGUUGUGAUCAGUCCUGUACUGUGUGUAGAAAUCAUUUAUUUUAGAUGAUUGACAGCUGUCUGUGAUAAACAAAUAAAGUCUAGGGUUGCAGCUUAAUCUGCUCCCAUGCAUGGAUGACAAUCACAGUAAGGCCAGGAAGUGUCAGUAGUCAUGUUGACAUGGGCAAAAUUUCUUGAUCCAAUUAAAAAAUUUGAGGGAUCAGAAAAUCUGAAUCCACUCUUUAUAAGGGCGCAAAAUCAAAUAAUCCGAUCAUGUAUACAUGUACCAAGCUUUAUUGAGAUAAGAAGCAUUUGGACAUGCGCAGAGUUGUCUGAUUUCGCCAAAACAACCACAAAAGAAGAGUUGUAUUCACGCCUGUGCUGUCAACAAACCAACAAGCACAGUAGUGGCUCACUUCAUCCAAUUCAGGAGUUUUCCCUCUGUUAAAUGUUGUCAUUAGAUGGCGCCCUUGCUUACUUAUAUUACUGUUCUGACUAAAGGUUGCUCAGUGCAUGCAGAUGGGACAUCAUUACACUGUAUGUACAUCUUGUUCUGUUAUCGGAGGAGCAGACACGGUACCUGUGGUUGUGUUUUUUUAUGCCAGUGUUCAUAACAAAACCUCCUGUACUGACCUCAAUAAAUAAAGAUGAAAGACUGAGUCAGGUAAGAGAGUCACGAUGUUUACAUGGACGUGUUUUGGAGUAACGAUCGGCAUAAACCACCCCUCUUGUUCAGAAUACAAUUUCUUUCCAAUUGAGCCAAAUUGGAUCAGAAUCUUCAGAUCGACUUGUUUACAUGACCCAUUUUUAUCCCAAUUAUUUGUGCCCAUGUAAACGCAUCUGUUUUUAUCCAAAUUGCCUGUUUAGCCGUCCAUCCCUUUAAAUGUCACCUCAUGUGUUUUUUCUCUUCAUCAGUCUCUGCGUAAGGUGGGCCAGGACUCCACGGUGCUCCUCAUCUGUAUCACAGUCUUUCUCUCCUACCUCCCAGAGGCCGGCCAGUACUCCAGUUUCUUCCUCUAUCUCAGACAGGUAGGCAACACUCCGCCCCCUCGGUCGCCCUAUUUCCACAAAAGCCACAGAAAUGACUAACUCAUAAACACAAAAAUUGACUACUAUUGUGGUCACAAAUUGUUCAGUAAUUCAAUUGUAAACUCAACACCCACAGCCCCUUUCCUCUGGAUUGCUAGUACAGAUAUGUGGCCUGUUAUGUGGCUUAUGUAGCGUCUUUUUUUGGGUUACUGAGAAGGAAAAAACACAUUUGUACGCUACGUUAUCAUUUGUAGGACAGGUGUAGGUUUCUACUGGAGACUCAGGGGAUAAUCUCAGUCCUAAGAAACUUGUGCAAAUUUGCCAGGCAAACAUUUUCAUCCACAUGGCUUAGAGAUGGGAUCAGCAGGUUUGCUGAGCAGCCUGUGAAAGUUAGUCUCAGCGAAAUGCUAAUGCAGGAAACCGUAUUGUAAAAAAACACGAGUAUGAAGAGAUGAACGAUUAAUCGGUAAAGGGUUGCUCCACCUCAGAAGACGAAGUGAGUUGUCUUCUCAUUGGGACAUCUGCAAUUCAAUCACUUGCUCCUUUAGUUCCCAUCUGGAAAUAUCCUUUGGAAAAAUACUCAGCCCCGAGAUGUGCGAGUGUGAGUGCAGGAAUGCAGCGAGUGACAUUUAAUUAAAGCACUUUGAGCGAUCAGUGGGCUGAGAGGGCGUUUCAGUUGAUGUUGGAGCUGGCAGCUUCUACAUUAUCUGACAAGGUGUGAUCUCUUUAUCCAAGCUGCUUGAAGAGAAGACUGUGUAAAUAGUGUAAGAAGAACCAGUCUGACGAGUUUGUCACACUAAUGCACACAGUCGAAUGCUCCUCUGCGACCUCCUGGAAGUAUUUCAGGAGCGUUGGAGCUAACAUUACUCUACUACACGCCUCUCUGUCCCCCUCUCUGCUGACGCUGCUUUAUCCUGUAUCUCUCCACGUUCAUUGUCAUAAAUUAAACACACCUCACACCAGCUGCCCUGCUCCUCAUGCUGCUGCACAUUUGACCCAAAUACAGCAGAUCAGCAGAUAAACAAAGAUGAGCGCUUUCUGUUGCGGUAAACAACGGAAAACCCACUUUUCCCACGGAGUUCAGUAAAAAACGGUUGAAGGUUGUUUGAGGAUGUUGGUCUCUGCUCGUCUCUUCAUGCCCUAACCUGUGUUAUCUGAAUGCUUCUUCACCCUCAGGUCAUAGGCUUCUCGUCAGAGACGGUGGCAGCCUUUAUCGCUGUGGUGGGGAUCCUCUCAAUACUUGCUCAGGUACUAAAAAAAACAUGUAUGCCAUAAAAAAACAUGUCAUAGCUUUCUUAUUUGUCUGCUGUUGCUUCUCCCAAUAUUGUGAUCAAACUUGUAUUUGUGUUUUGUUUUGUUUUCACAUGUUACAAGUUUCUGUAUUUUGAGUUUGUUUGGUUUAUUUCUCUCUACGGAGACCACUGUUCUAGUGUUUGCCCCCCUUGUGAGGACAGGAAAAUGGGAUAUGGGUGUAACCUAGGCCUGGGCGAUUCAGCUAAAAAUAAUGAUCACGAUAUAUUUUAUCAUAUCAUCCGAUCUUGAUUAUUAUCAUGAUUUUUUUUUUAAACUGCCAGUUUUAAAGCAUCUGUACUAAAAAGUAAAGAAACUAGAGAUUAGUUCAACAUUUUAUUAACAUACAAAGUAAAUAACAAAGCAAACUGAAUAAGAUAAACUUAGAAAAAUAUAAAAACCAUUUAAACUCAACAGUACAACAAAAGUCAAUAAAUAUCAAAUAAUACAGUGAGCUAGUUUACAGUCGUGAGUGUUUCUGCAGAUAUGCAAGAAUAUAAUCUCUCGGGAAGUACUUCUUUAAAUGAUAAGAUAGCUCGUUUGUGUGGCCAAUUUUUGAGGGCACAGACCGCCAACAUACCUUACACAUUGGCUUCAUUGGUCACGUUGGAGAUUCCCGAACCAUCGCCACACAACCAACAUUGAAUAACUUCUCAACAAUAGCAUCUUUGGAGGAUGACUCAAAGUCACAGCUGACAUCUAUUUUGCUGCCCUCAGCUCCGGGUUUAGCUCCACAUUCGGUCAUUCUGUUUACUUCUCAUGUUUACUUCUCUGUCAACUCACAGAAGUGAGCAGGAAAAGCUUGACUCCGAUUGGCUGUUGUGACGCACAUUUCCACUGUUUGAUCGAGUAAAUAUGCGCACACCUGAUCACCGUGAUCGAACUGAAAUUUAUCACGAUCAUAUAAUCGCCCAGUCCUAGUGUAACCUCAUUUUAUGUAUCCAUUGCUGACGUCAUGAAAAUCAACCUUUUUUUUUUUUUUUUUUUUAUUUCCCAAAAGGAAACUAAGCUAGUAACUCAGUUUUAACAGAGAUGAUAGAUUAAGCCAUGCUGCAAACUUCAUAUUUCUUCAUUCUUUGCUGUUUUCUUGUGUGACCUGUACUCCGUGUUUAAACAGACGGUGGUGCUGGGGAUCUUGAUGCGUUCAAUAGGGAACAAAAACACAAUCCUGCUCGGCCUCGGCUUCCAAAUCCUCCAGCUGGCGUGGUACGGCUUCGGCUCUCAGCCCUGGUAAGUAACAUCCGCAGCUUGUUUCUCACACGCACAAACCUCCACUGUACUUAAAGAAACAGAGACUCAUCAUAGAGAGGAUCAAACAUUGAUCUGUAAAUUUUUGGACCUUUUUUCAAAAGAAAGUUUGAGUCCAUUUGCGUCACCUGUUAGACUUUUUACUUGACGGCUCAGGUAGGAAAGUAUGAUGAGGUUCCUCUGAAGACAGCAGUGCUUCAGUGUCGUGUAAUCUCUAUGCAAAUAUCACUCAGGCGAGGAAGGAAGUUUGCUCUACAUGACUAAGCAUUUCCUUCUGCAUCAUCAGAAACCACAGUUGUUGUCAUACAGUUUGGAAUCAGAUAAUUGCACCUCAUUCAAUCUGUAACACGAAUGAACAUGACAGAGAAUAUUUCUGUUUUUUUAAGUUUAACCUUUAAGUCAAAAUAUUUGCAAAAUUCUCAAAUAAGAGAGGCACAUCUAAGUGGGUCCAGUUAGCGGAAAAUAGCUUCCUCUCAGUUUCAGAUUUUAAUUAUUGCUUUAAGAACGUAAUGCACAAACAGUUUACGACCGAAAACAGUGAUCAGAUUAUUUUAAAAGAAAUCUAAAUGGUAGCAAAGCUCAUGUGUUUGAGGCCAAAUCCUGGAGUGAAUGAUGCAUCCAUCACUCAACUAUUACACGUUUUAGGUAUUGGAGAUUAACGCUAGUGUCCUCUGUUAUCGUAAUACCCUGUCAAACCACCAGAUGGCAGCACAGCACAGGCUAAAUCAAUGCUACUGCCACAGGCUGGUUGGUAACACUGCCAUGUGAUAACUGUGGGUCUAUUAAAGUCGUCAAUAUCGUUUUGUAACCUAAAAGGUGUAGUUUGAUUGAUGUAAACACUCGAAUCGAUUCACUGCUCAGUGACAAAACACGCACCGACAUUUAACUGCACUGAAAACUUCAAUAUCAGACCCUGUACCGAUCGAACAAACGGCUUUUUAAUUCAAAAUCCUGCAGUGUGACUCGUGUCUCUGCGGUUCCAUCUACAUGAAACCUUUAAACACCAACACUUCACACUCAAACAAGGCUACACCGCCAGUUUCAUUUCUCUGCAAAGCCGCAUCACAACAUCUCCACCUGCCUCUCUGUUGUUUUGGCCCGGAGGCAGAGCCGCAGUAAUAUCUAUUGAUUUUGAAAGGAAAACAUUCAGCACAUGUCUCCCUGUUGCUCCUCUCUGCUGUGGUCAAUACCCAGGAAAUUAAGUUAGACAGAGGUCAGGUUGGCUGCUUUAUACAUCAAGGUGAAAGUCUUUUCACAGUGAUCAUUAAAAAAAAAAAAACGAUCUAGUUUUCUCCACCUGUAGAGCUUCUCAAAACUUACAGAUGAACAUAAAACUCAUCAUCAUUGUCAGUGUUUUAUAAAAAUAUGAGAUAUAUUGUAAAUAGGCUGGACAUUUUGGACUCAAAAAUUCAGUUCCUGCUUUUUUUAUAGCUGUAGUUUGAUUCAAAACUCUUGAGUGAUCAAGAAAACAUACCUUUCAACAAUCGGUCACCCUAACUGAGAGGUAAAUCGAUGAGUUUUGUAUCCCUAAAUCACUAAAUGUUGUUGUCUGUAGGAUGAUGUGGGCAGCUGGGGCAGUUGCAGCCAUGUCCAGCAUCACGUUCCCUGCUAUUAGCGCCAUCGUUUCCCGUAACGCAGACCCCGACCAACAAGGUAAGUUUCUAAACUGGUAUCUGCAAUAAACAGAGAAAUGUAGCCCUUUGUUUGUUGAUGUUGAGGGGAAGAUGAGUGAAUCCAAUAACUUCCCUCACUUGUAUUUUAUCUUACUUGUAUGUACCUUUUCCUUCCUCUGCUUCAAAGACCCAGAGUUUCCCCUCUUCAUUAUCAGUCACUAUAAUGUGGAGCAUAACUGGCAUUUUCCUGAUGUUUCCUGUAUGUAUCCGUCUGCCCUCAGGUGUCGUCCAGGGGAUGAUCACUGGAAUCCGGGGCCUCUGUAACGGUUUGGGUCCUGCUCUUUACGGUUUCGUGUUUUACCUGUUCCAUGUGGAGCUGACUGACACUGACGGCUCUGAGAAAGGUGCCAAACCCAAUAUGGCCAACCCCACUGACGAGGUAAGUUAAAGGAAAUCAGUCCGAUGUUCCGGGGAUUGACAGUGCGACUGUUUCACUCGCAUUUGUGCCUAAAAUAAAUGUGUGCGAAUUGUAAAAUGUAUUCAGGGGCACAUGUGCGCAUUAAAAAAAUCAGUCGAGGCAACAAAUAUUUUUUCAUGUAAAUAUGACAGUGAAGUUAGUUUUAGGUUGGCUAUUCGAUGGACAUUUACAGCAGAUCUAACAGUGUCUUCUCACUCGGUUCAAUCUACUCGGCAUCUUCGCUGUCAACGUCGGGUGUUGAAUAAGGGAUUGUCAAUAAAUUACCGGUUGAUGUUCUCAAAAAGGCCGUUUUCCCUCCCAUGUCAUGUGACCAAUUGACCUAAAAUUAAUUUCAAUUAAUAGUACUGAGGUUGGACAAUAAGACACACCUCUUUUUUUUCUCAAUUUUGUCCUCUAAAAACUAUUGUUAAAUUUAAAGGCAAAUUUUGAGCAUUUUCUUCAAUAUUCUUGAUGUCGACCAAUAAAACGCACAUUAUUUGAUCAAUUUUCAUCGUGCUCCUAAAGUUCUUUGUGUGCUCCUUACUUCUUUAACUUAGGAGCACAUGUGCCCCUUGUGAAAAAAGUUAGUGUCAAGCCCUGCUAAUGUGUAGAUACAUCUUAUGAAGUUAUUGCUGCACUCACAGGACAUUGUGUCUUUGUUUUUUUUCCUUCAGAGUGCCAUCAUCCCAGGUCCUCCCUUUCUGUUCGGAGCAUGCUCAGUGUUGCUGUCUCUGCUGGUGGCCCUGUUUAUCCCAGAGCACACAGGGCCCGGCAUGCGGCCAGGCGCCUACAAGAAGCACAGCAACGGGGCGCAGAGUCACUCCCACAGCCCUCAAGGCAGCGGGGCUGAGGGCAAAGAACCGCUGCUGGAGGACAGCAGCGUAUAACCUCAGCUAAGGGGGGCAGACACCUUUUUGCUCCAACCCCAAAACCUCCUGCACAUGUGGACAGAUACACACAAUUAGGACACACUCUUGCCUAGGGGCACACAUCAGACUUGAGUGCCGUGAAGAGGUGUUUGUGUCCACAGCACAAAAGUGGCCACUCCUACCUUAGCAGCCCUUUUCGUUUUUUUGAAGCAGGGUAUUAUGAGGACUCUCUGAAGACCCUGUAUGAGGAGAGUGUGUUGAGUGUUUUCCAGGCUGCAGUGGAACGGUGUGUGUGGCUUAGCUGAGCUGGACUCUAAUCCUCGGUGUCCAUAAAGCAGUAAGAGAGUGGAGUAUGCAGCAGGUUGCCCCCCACUGGUGUUCAUAAGAACAAAAAGUGAUUUGAUUUAGAGUGUGAGUGGGGUUUAUUUCAAACAUUACUAAAUCCCCGUGUGAUUCUUCAUAUUCCUCUGUAGCCAGUGAAGAGGCAACUUUGCCUGUUUGUCCGACAAGAGUGUGACAAACAAUCAGUUGCACACCUCUUUGCUGGUUUUUUCACGAGCUAACAACUGUCCAGGCGUUUGUUGCUGCUACUACUACAGCUCUGUUAAGCAUUGAACAAGGGAGCACAGAUCACUGACCUGUGAGGGAGGAGACUCUCAGACCAACGUUGAAGAGGUGCUGUCUGAUCAAGGUUAGGAGGGGUCAGCCAGGUUUAAGAAGCUUCAUGAGACCACGUUUUGUUGAAAAACUCACAUUUCUUACAGAAAAAGAGAAGUGUGCAGAGAGACCACUUUAUUAGCAGAAACUGUUUUUUCAAUGUUUACUUGCCAUUCUCUAGAUAAGUAGUACAGUUGGGGUUGUAUAUUUUUUCUGUUCAAACUGAAGGCUAGUUGUGCUUCAAGUUCUUAUUCAAGAAACAAAUGUUGCCUCCAAGUGACUUAAUAUAUAUAAAUGUAUAUAUAUUAAUUACGUAACCUGUAUGAAGACCAAGGUCUGAGAAGGCUCUGUAAUCUUACGCUAUUGCUCCCAUCGGAGCUGUUACACACUUUUUAUUCCCUUUUGUUUUCAUGCCCUUCCUGUCGCUUUGUUUCCUGACAUUUAUCACCAUCAGGGUUAAGGCUCACAGAUCCGUGGUUUUAUUUUUAAAAAGCCUCUCGUCUAUUUUUGGGAGCUAGAGCAUCACUAUCAGCAGGUCAGUGUCUGCGAUUACUGUUAAAACCUUGUCUUUGAACUAAUAUCAUGAGGGUUAUCGAUGGUGCUGCUGCUGCUGCAGGAGAUAAUUCAAAGGUUAAGUGUGGUAUAAAUGGGAUGGAUAAAGAUUUGAUAACGUCACAUGAACUAAAAAUAAUUUCACAAAAUCGUUGACAUUUUAUUAGCUUACUGAUAUUCUGUUAUUAACUAAUUCAGUGUCAUAGUUUUCAGUCUUAAGAUUCUCCAGAAAUGAGCCGCGCGAAUGCCAACUUGCGCCACCUAUCGGAAGAGAGCUGCAGCAAACGUCCAGACCAAAACCAUCUAUCAGCCCCCCUCAGGCAAGACAAGAGAAAACUGCUCCAAACUUUACAAACAUAACUGUGAGUAAGUAAGAAUAUGGCAUCGUGAAACGCCAUCUAGGGUUUAGGAUGAAAUCUGCUCAUUUGUAAAAAUGGGAAAAGAACCGACUCGAUCCGAAUACCUAAAUCGACUGAUGCUUGAAUCCAAAACAAAGAAAAAAUACACCAAAAAGCUUUAAGAGGAGCUGAACUUGAAUUAGAUUUCACCUCCCUGUCUUGAAUAUUUGCUCAAAUCAAACAAAAGUAGAAUUUUUGAACAUCUAAUCAAGUCAAAAGAAGAAAUCUGAGGAAUGUAGGGACUUAAUUUGCACUUUAUCAAGUAUCUAAAAGAACCACAAGCUGCAGUAUCUGUCAUUUCUCUUGCCUGUGGGUGGUGCGCUACAGUUGCAGGUGUGUGCAGGUCUACGCUCGGUGGCGCCGGUUGGACACGAACUGCGGGUUUGAACCUGUGGCGGCUUCAUCUCUGGAUAAUUUUGGUCGCACCAGUUAGAUGUUGGUCCUUUGCAUCAGUGACACCGUGUUCCCUUUUGUUCUCAUUCUGCGUCAGCUUCGAUUAAAUCGCCCUCGUAAUUUUUAACAGUUUGUUUAUAAAUGCCUCAAGUGCAUUUAAUUAGCCAAAACAGGAGCUGAUGGGGAAACGUAGCUGAAAGAGGGUUUCACGCUGUUUAACACCUAUCUGAAGAAUUAUGUACGUCAAACGUUUUGUGCCAAAUUUGUUUUGGUUUGUAUUUUCAUACUGUUUGUUUGUGUGUGUGUGUGUAUGAGUGCUUGCACACUUGAGUGAUUUGGUUAUUAUGUUUUUUUUGUUUCCUCUUGUCUUAAUUUCUCUGGCUGAAGAUUUAAGUUUUAAUGCUAUUUUUUUUAUAGCUUAUUUUCUUUGUUUUAAACUGAAUCCGGUCACUUUUAGAAGUCUUUUCAACAUUGACGCUGGAUGGUUAAAUCCCCAAAAUAUCCAUCUGUCUUUAUUUUAUUUUUUUUCAUCUCAGUUUUUAUUUUAUAACAAGCAUUUCACAGUGGUUAUUAACAUUUGAUAAGCGAAUCUGUCCCAUAUUUAUCAGCAGAUCAUAACAAAAGUCACUGAAUGUUCCAAGCCGAGCUGUAAAUGUUGACCCAACGACACGUGGCGAAACCUGUCAUGUUCUUUUAAUCAUUUCUGAGGGGGUGUUUCUAACCAGGUGGCCGUCUGUGUUGAUUUAUUCUCUGAAUAUCUUACUUUUUUUAUUAUCAUUUAUCGGACCAACACAUUGGUAAACCCAAAAGUUCAAAUUGGAAAGAUUCUGCACCAGCCCCACGUGUACUCGUACAGCUUCCAAGACUGUAAAUGUACAAAAAAAAAUCACCUGUACGUACAGCUAAUGUAUAUAUUUAUUGCUCAAGGAGACGACCACCUCUUGGUCUAUUCGGUUGUAUGGUGCAGUUAUUAUAUAUUUCUCAAGACUUACCUGCUAGCCACUCCUGUUUUUAGUACGAUGUGGUUUGUGGCCUGGACCCCCUCUCUGUGUGCCUAAAAUUAGCCAAGAAAUGAGUAUGGCAACAUAAGUAAAUGGUGGUUAUUAUGUAAAUAUGGGAAACUAAUGACAAACUAUUUAUUAAAGGUUUAUUGUACAAUGAAA